AUGCAGAGUAUAGCUGAUUUACCACAAGAAUUAUUGUUUCAUAAGAUUCUAGUCCCAAUUGAUGAUAUAUUCGAUUAUAUUAGACUUUCAAGAGUAUGCAAAAAUUUCCAAAUAUUAAUUAAAUGUAUUAUUUUGGUUGUUUCUGAUAGCUCAAAAGAAAGUGGUGUUUUCAAUUCAAUUGCAAAUCGUCAUGUUCAAAUUGAUCCUUACGGUUCAGAUGAUACACAGACAAAACUCAAAGAAAAUCUCAAAAACUUCAACUAUAUAAUAUUUGAAGACCAAAAUCUUAAAAGUUCAGCUUAA